GAGAGAGAUCAUACAUGUGGAGACUGGGGUGGUCACCGGACUGAAGAGCCCUGAUCGCUGCAGGUCACUGACAAGAAUUAAAGAUCGGUAGUCACCUUACAACAAGAGUCCUCCAUGUCGCAUGAAUUGUCACACCUGCCCUAUAUAUGUAUAUAAAUAUAUGGCUUAGACAGGCUCCGAACAGAGGGUUGAAAAUGCUUUCAUAUUCUUCUUCCGUCAUUCCAUUUUUUGUUUCCGUUUUUAUCAGUUUAUGCAGCACAGGAGCCCUGGUAAAGCUACCGGAGAAUGGAACAAUUCCGGCUGUGAUAGUUUUCGGGGAUUCGAUCGUGGACGCAGGCAAUAACAACAAUCUUGUUACUGUGGCUAAGUCCAAUUAUCCACCCUAUGGGAGGGACUUCAGUGGAGGAAUACCAACUGGAAGAUUUAGCAAUGGCAAAAUUCCCUCCGACUUCGUUGCUGAACUAUUGGGAAUCAAAAAGCUGUUGCCGGCAUAUUUAGACCCAACUCUUCAACCUAGUGAUCUCCUCACUGGAGUAACCUUCGCUUCAGGCGCUUCAGGAUAUGACCCUCUAACAUCUAAGAUUCCGUCAGUUUUUUCACUGUCGGAUCAAUUAGAAAUGUUCAAGGAGUACACAGGAAAGCUGAAAGCCAUGGUUGGAGAAGAAAGAACAAACACCAUUCUAAGAAAAAGCUUGUUUUUAGUGGUACAGAGCAGUAAUGACAUUACCUCUACAUAUUUCACCGUUCGGAAAGAGCAGUAUGAUUUUGCUUCUUACGCAGAUAUUCUGGUAACCUUGGCGUCUUCUUUCUUAAAGGAACUGUAUGGAUUGGGGGCACGAAGAAUAGCUGUUUUCGGUGCACCUCCGUUAGGAUGCCUGCCAUCACAGAGAAGCUUAGCAGGAGGGAUACAAAGAGAGUGUGCUGAGAAGCUCAACGAAGCAGCCAAGUUAUUCAACACUCAGCUCUCGUCUGGAUUGGAUUCUCUCAACACCAACUUUCCCCUUGCAAAGUUUGUGUAUGUUGAUAUUUAUAACCCCUUGCUUGAUAUCAUCCAAAACCCUCAAAAAUCAGGACUUGAGGUAGCGAAUAAAGGAUGCUGUGGCACGGGGACGAUAGAGUCUGUAGUACUAUGCAACCGAUUUAAUCCCUUUACUUGUAAAGAUGUGACAAAGUACGUAUUUUGGGACAGUUACCAUCCUACAGAAAAAGUGUACAAGAUUCUAAGUCGCGGGGUCAUCCAGAAAUACCUGGGCAGCUUCCUCUGAUCAGAUCCACCUUGAUGAAACCUCUUUCACCAACAGCCCAUAUGCCAACCUCCACUGCCUUAAUUAUUUCUAAUGCUAGAGUUAAUUUUCAUCUAUUUUAUGCAAUAAUCUCAGUUAAAAGAUUACUAUAGUUGUCAUUUUCAUACAAAGUCUUGUAUUCAAAACACCUAAAGACCAAAUGGAAGGUGUUGUAAUGGAAAGGUUACACAAUUAAUCCCACAAGAUUUUUAUUUUCAAGGAUUUCAA